AUGAAAGCCGUCGUGGUAGUCGCCGUAGGCGCAGGCCUGGUUGCAGCUCAAGUCAAUUACACGAAUGGGCAUUAUGAAUGCGCUUUACCACACCAGGUGUACUGCCUGGGAGAGUCGCUGGCCACCAAUGUCAUCGUGCGGUGCGACGAGUCCGCCAUUGGGCAGGUUGGUAAUUGCAACGACACAUCCAAUAUCACGGGUGACGCGGCCUGCAGCAAGAAUUGCGUCGUGUAUGGCAGCUCCGGCAACGCCAACGGCACAUUCACCCUGCCAGCUGAGGUCUGCACGCCUACCUAUACGGCAACCCCAUCUCUCGCAACGAUAUCUUCGACUUCGACACAAAGCUUGACAGUCUCACCAUCUUCGGACUCAGAUUCCACCCAAACCGACAUUAGCACGGUUACCACGACCGUGUGCACGGAGAGCGAGAGCAGCACUACUUCCGCGGGAAUUGUGACGGAUCCAUCGCCGCCCUCACUUACCACCUCUACUACCUCUGCUACUGAUACGACUACCAUCAUACCGCCGACGUUUUCAACUAGCUCCGAGGGUGGUGGUACGACUCCGACAGCCGGCAGCACGGUCUCUGAACCAAGCAGUGGUGGGCCUGGUUCUGUGGUGACUUCUACUUCCUCUGUUGCUGCAGUCUCGACUACUUCUUUCCCCACUGCGGGUGCAGUGGCCAACCAUGUUGGUGUUGGGCUUGGUGUGAUGGGGUUGUUGGUUGGUGCUAUUCUCUGA